AUGCGACAACUUACGUCGUCUACCCAUUUACCAACCUCGAAAGGAUGGACGGCUGGGUUGACCGGGGGUGCAACCAUUUGGUCUGAUCAGUGGGCUGCGUAUAACAACAUCAUGGCAGCUACUGGCUUGGCACACCAAACUGUUAACCACUCCAUAAGCUUUGUGGCCCCUAAUGGGGUCCACACUAACAGAAUCAAAAACCUUUGGCGGUGUGCCAAACAUAAAAUAAAACGGAUGAAUGCCACAUGUAAUGACCACAUGUCAUCAUAUCUUGAUGAAUUUCUGUGGCAACGCAGUGUCAGGAACCGUGACGAUCGGUUCCAGAAAGCUUUAGAGCUUAUACGUACACACUAUCCUGUAUAA